AUGGAGGCCACGCAGCAGUUGGAGAAGGAUGCGGGCUUCAUGGACAAGUACAGUCGCCAGAUCGGCGCCUUCGGGCUCGAGACCAUGGCCAAGCUGGUGAAGCUCAAGGUGCUCAUCGUGGGGCUCCAGGGCGUCGGCAUCGAGUGCGCCAAGAACUUGAUCCUCGCGGGCCCCGGCGCCAUCACGCUGCACGACGACGGCAUCGCGGAGAUCAAGGAUCUGGGCGCCAACUUCUUCCUGACGGAGCAGGAUGUGGGCCACCCGCGCGCCUCGGCGGUCUCGCACAAGCUGGCGGAGCUCAACAAGAUGGUGUCGGUGGCCGUGCACAAGGGCCCGCUGACUGAAGAGGUGGUGGCCAAGCACAACGUGGUGGUCUUCUCGCACACGAGCCGCAAGGAGCUCCUACGCUGGAACCACUUCUGCCGCCAGCAGUCGCCGCAGAUCGGCUUCAUCACGUGCGACAUCCGCGGCGCCUUUGGGUACGCGUUCACGGACUUUGGUGAUGAGUUCAAGGGUUUCGACGCCACGGGCGAAGCGCCGAUCACGCGCAUCAUCACGGACAUUACGAACGACAAGGACGGCGUGCUGAGCAUUUUGGGCCCCGAUGAGGACGGCAAGAUGCACGAAAUGCCCGACUCGGACCACGACGGUUGGAUUGAAAUCAGCGACGUGCAGGGCAUGAAGCUCAAGACGGACCCGAACCAGUCUAUUAACACGAUGGGCCCGCGUCGUAUUAAGUUCGCCAACAAGAAGGUGUUCCGCAACGGCAAGCAGACGGAAGUCUUUGAUGCCUACCGCCUAAAGAUUGGCGACACGUCGGAGUUCACGCCGUACGAAGGCGGAGGUGUUUUCACCCAGCACAAGAAGUCAUUCACCGUGAAGUUCAAGUCGCUGGAGGAAUCGCUCGUCUCGCCUGUGCCUGCUGGCGAAUUCGGACUCAUGUUCACGGAUGGAGCCAAGUUCGGACGUGCGGAGCAGCUUCACGUGACCACGUGGAGUCUCAUGGAGUUCGAGGAGCGCCACGGACGCUACCCGGAGCCUCACAACGAUGCGGACGCCGAUGAAGUUGUAGCAAUCGCGAAGGAGGGCAUUCAGCACCUUUCGGACUUCACUCGUGAUGGCGCUCACAAGCAGGAAGUGAUGCAGCUCGAAGAACUUGAUGAAAAGAUUGUACGACAGGCGGCUCUGUAUGCUGCGGUUGAAUUGCAUCCUCUGGCAGCUUUCUACGGAGGUGUCAUCGCUCAAGAGGUUGUUAAGUUCACCGGCAAGUUCACGCCGCUGAAGCAAUGGCUGCACCUGGAUUCGUUUGAGGUGCUGCCCGAUGAGCGCCCGAUCGACGCGAAGCCGAUUGGUUCGCGUUACGACCACAUUAUCACGGCGUUCGGUCUUUCGUUCCAGCAGCAGCUAGGAAAUAUUCGCACUUUCCUUGUGGGAUGCGGAGCGCUCGGCUGCGAGUACCUGAAGAACUUUGCCAUGAUUGGCGUUGCGUGUGGCGAGAAGGGUCUUGUGACUGUCACGGACAAUGACCGCAUCGAAGUGAGCAACUUGAACCGUCAGUUCCUCUUCAGAGAGCACAAUGUGGGUCAGCCGAAGUCUGUGGCUGCUACGGCUGCUGUGCACCAAAUGAACGCUGACCUCAAGGUGAAGACUCUGGAGCAGCUUGUUGCCCCGCACACUGAAAAUGUGUUUGACGACGACUUCUGGACUGACUUGUACGUCGUCACGAACGCCCUGGACAACGUGAAGGCGCGUCUGUACGUUGACAGCAAGUGCGUGUUCCACAAGCUGCCACUCCUGGAGAGUGGCACGCUUGGCACGAAGUGCAAUGUGCAAGUGGUGAUCCCAUACAAGACGCAGAGCUACGCUGAUGGUCCUAAGGAUGCUGAGGGUGACGGCAUUCCGAUGUGCACGCUGCGAAACUUCCCGUCGCUGAUCGAGCAUUGUAUUGAGUGGUCGCGUGCCCAGUUCGAAGACCUUUUCGUUGUGCCUUCCGCGGAGGCGAAAAAGUUCGUGGAAGACCGCGCUGCGUACCUUGACCAGGUUAAGAAGGCUACGCUGGAAAACCCGAACCCGAAGCUCAUGUCAGCAGCAAUUGUUCAGGAGCUCGAGCGUCUUCGCGGCCUGCGUUCCACACUGCAAACAGCGAAGGAUAUUACAUUCGAGAAGUGUGUUACACUGGCCUUUGAGCUCAUGACGUCGCGCUUCCGGGACCGCAUUCUGCAGCUGAUCCACAACUUCCCGGAGGACCACUUGACCAACUCGGGAGAGAAGUUCUGGUCAGGCGCGAAGCGUUUCCCUCAGGCUGUCGACAAGUUUGACCCGGAGAACCCUCUACACCUUAACUUUGUGCGUGCCACUGCCAACAUUCUGGCCGUCUCCUACGGAAUUCAGCCCCCGCCUGAGGAGAAGCUGGUCCCUGCUGAUUCGAAGUGGCGUGACCCAGCCACGUAUGAGGAUCUCAGCAGCAAGUAUGUCCCGCCGACUUGGAAACCGUCGAAUGAAAAGAUUGCGGCUGACUCGGACGAGAUCAAGCGUCUGGAGCAGGAGAAGAUCAAGAACUCGAACGACUCCGAUAAGAAUGAGCUUAUUGAGCUGCUCAACGAGCUCGAGACGCUUGACCUCUCGGGUCUGUCGUUCGAGCCUGCUGACUUCGAAAAGGAUCAGGACAUGAACUUCCACAUCGACUUCAUCUACGCGGCGUCGAACUUGCGGGCCUUCAACUACCGCAUCCGCGACGCGUCGCGCCACAAGUGCAAGAUGAUUGCGGGCAAGAUUAUCCCGGCCAUUGCAACGACGACGGCGUCAGUGACCGGUCUCGCUAUGCUGGAGAUGCUCAAGCUGGUUCAGCGGAAGGAGCUGGAAGCAUUCAAGGACUCGUCCAACUCUCUGGGUCUGAACAUGUACUUGAUGCAGGAGCCCGCAGCACCUGCUCGUGCCAAGGACGAGUACGACGUGGUGGAGAUGUCGGAGGUCAAGUGCAAGCCCCCUGGAUUCACGAAGUGGGACUCAACGCUGAUCGAGUUGUCGUCUGAGUCGACUCUCGAAGAUUUUCUGGCGCAGUUCAAGGAAAAGACCGAGCUCAACUGCGACUUGCUGUUUCACCGUGUUGCGGAAAUGGGCAACACUGGCGCGGCCGACAAGGACCUGCGUUACCGUACCGUCAGUGGUUUGAUGCUGUACGACCGCAACGCUUACGGCAAGGCCCUGAAGGAGCUCUACGCCAGCCAAAUGACGAAGCCUCUGCGGGCUUUCGUGGAAUCACGCUACGAAGGUCUCGUGGACUGCAGCCGCAAAUACAUUGAGCUGCAGACGUCGUGCUCCGACGACGAUGGCAACGUGUUCAAGGUGCCGACGGUCAUCUGCAAGUUCAGCUAAAGAGGGUCAGAGCGAGAAGAAUUGCUGCAGUGAU